GGGGAGAGGACGGUGGUGCCCAGAGCCCCGGAGCUGUGCUGCUGUGCUCCUUGCUGCCUCAGCACCAUGAGAAACCGCUGCUGGUAGGCAUUUGCUUCAGUAACACAAUUCUUUGAGGUGAAUGAGCAGCCAACAAGAUAGGCUGGGUAAAGCCCUAGGAAUUCGUGUGCUCUGCCUGGUGACGUAGCCUGAAAAGCGUCUCUAAAUGCCAUUAGAUGGCAGCAGGACAUCCCCGCUGCUGCAGGUUAACCUCUGAAGGUCUAUGUUUGUUUUUUUUUUUUCUUGUAGCUACAGCUUCCAGGGAAGGAAAUUGCUCUGUGCAGCUCGAGUAGCACUUAGUGUUUAUGACAUUCCCCCUGUUGAGUGUAACAACUCCUCCAUCCUGCCAAGAGCGUUCCAGGUGUCUGUAGGAGAGGAGGACGACCAUGGCAGGGCACUGUGGCAGGAGUGGCAGCUGCUGAGAAACCGCCGGCCGCCAGCCCCAAGAACGGCUCAGCUUCGCCUCCCACCCCGUGCCAGUGGCCGUGGCUCCAGCCGGACGCAGCCGUGGGUCGUGCCAAGGUGUCUCCUGAUGGGGAGCAGGGUUCUCCUCGUGCUGGGCUGCUUCCUGCUCCUGGGGCUCCUGCUGCCAUGUGGAGACUGCAGCCCCCGGCCCACCUGGGGCAGCACAUCCUAUGAGAUAGUAUUUCCAAGGAAACUUGGCCCCAAGGCAGGGAAAGCCAGCCGGGACAGCGUGUCCUACGUCAUCAGCAUUCAGGGGGUAAAUUAUACCAUUCACCUCAGGCAGAAGAAAGACUUCAUAAUAAAAAACCUCCCUAUAUUCACUCGUGACUCUCAAGGGAAAAUCAUGAUCGAACAGCCUCGUGUGCUAGCAGAUUGCUAUUACCGUGGCUACGUGGAAGGCAUCCCAGACUCCACGGUGACUCUGACUACCUGCUCUGGGCUCAGAGGACUGCUGCAGAUUGGAAACUUGAGCUACAGCAUCGAGCCCCUGGCAGCUUCCUCUGCAUCUGAGCAUCUUCUGUUGCAGAGGGAGGUGGCGGUUCCUGGAACGGUGAUCUACAAAACACCCCAGAGAGGCAGACAAUUUCCAGGUCGUGGUACAGCAAAAGGGCAGUUCCAGCCCUGGGGGCGCAUGCGGUAUCUGGAACUCCUUGUCGUGGUGGACAAGGAAGGGUUUGACGCUUUUGGUGGACAUAUAACUAACGUGACAUUGGAAGUUAUUGAAAUAAUCAAUCUGGUGGACGGGCUGUUUUCUUCUUUCCGCCUUCGCGUGUUAUUAGCUGUGCUAGAGAUUUGGACAGAGAAGAACCCUAUCAGCAUUACCAAAAAUGUAACUGAGGUCCUUCACAAUUUUAAUCUUUGGCAGAUCCAGCAAAGCCCUACGCAUGUUGCGCAUGAUGUGGGGUGUCUGUUUGCCUCGUUGGACUUUGGUCACAGCACGAGAGCAUUGUACAGGAGCGGCAAAUCGAACUUCGCCAGUGCCUGUGAUAGAAAACGCGCUUCUGCUGUUGUUUCGUUUGCCAAGCGGACUUACAUGGACACUGCUGUCCAUGUCGCCCACGAGUUGGGGUAUGUCCUCGGCAUUGAUCAUGAUGACAAGUACUGCAGGUGUGGAAAUGCCUCUAAAUGCAUCAUGAACGCACAGAGCACAGUGAGCUACGAAUUCAGCAACUGCAGCACAAGGUACUAUUUUGAUUUUAUAGCGUCAGGGCGAGGACACUGUCUGAAUAACAUCCCAGCAUCAGUAACGACGUUUGUACCGCAGCGCUGUGGGAACGGUGUCCUGGAGCUCGGGGAGGAGUGUGACUGUGGCUCAGAAGCACAGUGUAAAUUGGACCCUUGUUGUGAUAACAACUGCCAAAAGAAAGAAGGAGCCGUUUGCACUUCUGGACUCUGCUGCAAGAAUUGCAAGCCUCUCCCAGAAGGAGAAGUGUGCAGGGAGAGCGCCGACCCGUGUGACCUGCCUGAAUAUUGCAAUGGGAUAUCUGAGCAUUGCCCAGCGGAUGUGGCCAAGCAAGAUGGGACGGUGUGCGCUGAGGAUGGCUACUGUUACUCAGGCAAAUGCAAAUCACGCACGUUACAGUGUAAGAAAAUCUUUGGCGAGAAAGCAGAGCCUGCUCCACUAAAAUGUUACAAGGAGCUGAACGUGAAAGGGGACCGGUUUGGCAAUUGCUGGGGAGAUGGGCUAGAUACCAAAUUUCAGAAAUGUAAGCUAGAAAAUGUCCUGUGUGGGAGGGUGCAGUGUACUAAUGUUAGGCACCUACCUUGGCUGGAAGAGCACUCAACCAUCAUUCAAACCCCAGUGGACGGUACCUUGUGCUGGGGCACAGACUACCACUUGGGCAUGGACACCAUGGAUGCUGGAGUCAUUGAGGAUGGCACGCAGUGCGGGGUGAAGAAGAUCUGCAUUAACCGGACGUGCAUCCUGAGGGAGAAGUACUUGGCACCCAGCUGUUCUGCCCAGAGAACAUGCGGAGGAAAAGGCAUUUGCAACACCAAAGGAAACUGCCACUGCAACAGUGGCUGGGCACCUCCCAACUGCCAGUUUGUUGGCUUUGGGGGAAGCAUCGACAGUGGGCCUACGCCAGUCACUAAAAAGGGGCUUUUAAAAUUCAUCGUCAGGAUUACCAUGCUAACCGUUACCGGUGUGGUACUCGCAGCACUUGUCAUUGACCGUGUGAGAAAGCUCAGAGCAUCCCGAGUAUUAAGCAGGGCGGUCGGAUGCUUUCAGUCUAGAGAACAGGCUUCUGAGGGGGAUGUGAAGGACUAG